AUGGUACCUGCACUACAGGCGCCCAUACCGACCAAACUGAUCAGCGCAUUACAUUUCAGAGUUUCAGAGGGGGAGAGGGCAUGCCUCUCCCCCUCUCAUGCCUUCCCCCUCUCAUGCCUUCCCCCUCUCAUGCCUUCCCCCUCUCAUGCCUUCCCCCUCUCAUGCCUUCCCCCUCUCAUGCCUUCCCCCUCUCAUGCCUUCCCCCUCUCAUGCCUUGCCCCUCUCAUGCCUUCCCCCUCUCAUGCCUUCCCCCUCUCAUGCCUUCCCCCUCUAAUGCCUUCCCCCUCUCAUGCCUUCCCCCUCUCAUGCCUUCCCCCUCUCAUGCCUUCCCCCUCUCAUGCCUUCCCCCUCUCAUGCCUUCCCCCUCUCAUGCCUUCCCCCUCUCAUGCCUUCCCCCUCUCAUGCCUUCCCCCUCUCAUGCCUUCCCCCUCUCAUGCCUUCCCCCUCUCAUGCCUUCCCCCUCUCAUGCUCCCGCUUUCCAUCACCCCGCCCCAUUCUCCCUCCUUCCAUCACCCCGCCCCAUUCUCCCUCCUUCCAUCACCCCGCCCCAUUCUCUUUCUUUCCAACACCCCGCCCCAUUCUCCCGCUUUCCAUCACCCCGCCCCAUUCUCCCUGAUUCCAUCACCCCGCCCUAUUCUCCCUCCUUCCAUCACCCCGCCCCAUUCUCCCGCAUUCCAUCACCCCGCCCCAUUCUCCCGCUUUCUAUCACCCCGCCCUUUUCUCCCGCUUUCCAUCACCCUGCCCCAUUCUCCCGCUUUCCAUCACCCCGCACCAUUCUCCCGCUUUCCAUCACCCCGCACCAUUCUCCCCCUUUCCAUCACCCCGCCCUUUUCUCCCGCUUUCCAUCACCCUGCCCCAUUCUCCCGCUUUCCAUCACCCCGCACCAUUCUCCCGCUUUCCAUCACCCCGCACCAUUCUCCCCCUUUCCAUCACCCCGCCCCAUUCUCCCGCUUUCCAUCACCCCGCCCCAUUCUCCCUCCUUCCAUCACCCCGCCCCAUUCUCCCUCCUUCCAUCACCCCGCCCCAUUCUCCCGCUUUCCAUCACCCCGCCCCAUUCCCCCGCUUUCCAUCACCCCGCCCCAUUCUCCCGCUUUCCUUCACCCCGUCCCAUUCUCCCUCCUUCCAUCACCACGCCCCAUUCUCCCGCUUUCCUUCACCCCGUCCCAUUCUCCCUCCUUCCAUUACCCCGCCACAUUCUCCCGCUUUCCAUCACCCCGCCCCAUUCUCCCUGAUUCCAUCACCCCGCCCUAUUCUCCCUCCUUCCAUCACCCCGCCCCAUUCUCCCGCUUUCCAUCACCCCGCCCCAUUCUCCCGCUUUCCAUCACCCCGCCCAAUUCUCCCGCUUUCCAUCACCCCGCCCCAUUCUCCCGCUUUCCAUCACCCCGCCCCAUUCUCCCGCUUUCCAUCACCCCACCCCAUUCUCCCGCUUUCCAUCACCCCGCCCCAUUCUCCCGCUUUCCAUCACCCCGCCCCAUUUUCCCGCUUUCCAUCACCCCGCCGCAUUCUCCCGCUUUCCAUCACCCGCCGCAUUUUCCCGCUUUCCAUAACCCCGCCCCAAUCUCCCUCCUUCCAUCACCCCGCCCCAUUCUCCCGCUUUCCAUCACCCCGCCCCAUUCUCCCGCUUUCCUUCACCCCGCCCCAUUCUCCCUCCUUCCAUCACCCCGCCACAUUCUCCCGCUUUCCAUCACCCCGCCCCAUUCUCCCGCUUUCCAUCACCCCGCCCCAUUCUCCCGCUUUCCAUCACCCCGCCCCAUUCUCGCUCCUUCCAUCAGCCCGCCCCAUUCUCCCUCCUUCCAUCACCCCGCCCCAUUCUCCCGCUUUCCAUCACCCCGCACCAUUCUCCCGCUUUCCAUCACCCCGCCCCAUUCUCCCGCUUUCCAUCACCCCGCCCCAUUCUCCCGCUUUCCAUCACCCCGCCCCAUUCUCCCUCCUUCCAUCACCCCGCCCCAUUCUCCCGCCUUCCAUCACCCCGCCCAAUUCUCCUGCUUUCCAUCACCCCGCCCCAUUCUCCCGCUUUCCAUAACCCCGCCCCAUUCUCCCGCUUUCCAUCACCCCGCCCCAUUCUCCCUCCUUCCAUCAUCCCGCCCCAUUCUCCCUCCUUCCAUCACCCCGCCCCAUUCUCCCUCCUUCCAUCACCCUGCCCCAUUCUCCCGCCUUCCAUCACCCCGCCCCAUUCUCCCGCUUUCCAUCAACCCGCCCCAUUCUCCCGCUUUCCAUCACCCCGCCCCAUUCUCCCUCCUUCCAUCAUCCCGCCCCAUUCUCCCUCCUUCCAUCACCCCGCCCCAUUCUCCCUCCUUCCAUAACCCUGCCCCAUUCUCCCUCCUUCCAUCACCCCACCCCAUUCUCCCGCUUUCCAUCACCCCGCCCCAUUCUCCCGCUUUCCUUUACCCCGCCCCAUUCUCCCGCUUUCCAUCACCCCGCCCCAUUCUCCCGCUUUCCAUCACCCCGCCCCAUUCUCCCGCUUUCCAUCACCCCACCCCAUUCUCCUGCUUUUCAUCACCCCGCCCCAUUCUCCCUCCUUCCAUCACCCCGCCCCAUUCUCCCGCUUUCCAUCACCCCGCCCCAUUCUCCCUCCUUCCAUCACCCCACCCCAUUCUCCCUCCAUCCAUCACCCCGCCCCAUUCUCCCGCUUUCCAUCACCCCGCCCCAUUCUCCCUGAUUCCAUCACCCCGCCCCAUUCUCCCUCCUUCCAUCACCCCGCCCCAUUCUCUCGCUUUCCAUCACCCCGCCCCAUUCUCCCGCUUUCCAUCACCCCGCCCCAUUCUCCCGUUUUCCAUCACCCCGCCCCAUUCUCCCGCUUUCCAUCACCCCGCCCCAUUCUCCCACUUUCCAUCACCCCGCCCUUUUCUCCCGCUUUCCAUCACCCUGCCCCAUUCUCCCGCUUUCCAUCACCCCGCCCCAUUCUCCCGCUUUCCAUCACCCCACCCAAUUCUCCCGCUUUCCAUCACCCCGCCCCAUUUUCCCGCUUUCCAUAACCCCGCCCCAUUCUCCCGCUUUCCAUCACCCCGCCCCAUUCUCCCGCUUUCCAUCACCCCGCCCCAUUCUCCCGCUUUCCAUCACCCCGCCCCAUUCUCCCGCAUUCCAUCACCCCGCCCCAUUCUCCCGCUUUUACAUCACCCCGACCCAUUCUCCCGCUUUCCAUCACCCCGCCCCAUUCUCCCGCUUUCCAUCACACAGCCCCAUUCUCCAGCUUUCCAUCACCCCACCCCGUUCUCCCUCCUUCCAUCAUCCCGCCUCAUUCUCCCUCCUUCCAUCACCCCGCCCCAUUCUCCCGCUUUCCAUCACCCCGCCCCAUUCUCCCGCUUUCCAUCACCCCGCCCCAUUCUCCCUCCUUCCAUCACCCCGCCCCAUUCUCCCGCCUUCCAUCACCCCACCCAAUUCUCCUGCUUUCCAUCACCCCGCCCCAUUCUCCCGCUUUCCAUAACCCCGCCCCAUUCUCUCGCUUUCCAUCACCCCGCCCCAUUCUCCCGCUUUCCAUCACCCCGCCCCAUUCUCCCGCUUUCCAUCACCCCGCCCCAUUCUCCCGCUUUCCAUCACCCCGCCCCAUUCUCCCGCAUUCCAUCACCCCGCCCCAUUCUCCCGCUUUCCAUCACCCCGCCCCAUUCUCCUGCUUUCCAUCACCCCGCCCCAUUCUCCCGCUUUCCAUCACACCGGCCCUUUCUCCCGCUUUCCAUCACCCCACCCCGUUCUCCCUCCUUCCAUCAUCCCGCCCCGUUCUCCCUCCUUCCAUCACCCCGCCCCAUUCUCCCGCAUUCCAUCACCCCGCCCCAUUCUCCCGCUUUCCAUCACCCCGCCCCAUUCUCCUGCUUUCCAUCACCCCGCCCCAUUCUCCCGCUUUCCAUCACACCGGCCCAUUCUCCCGCUUUCCAUCACCCCACCCCGUUCUCCCUCCUUCCAUCAUCCCGCCCCGUUCUCCCUCCUUCCAUCACCCCGCCCCAUUCUCCCGCUUUCCAUCACCCCGCCCCAUUCUCCCUCCUUCCAUCACCCCGCCCCAUUCUCCCGCUUUCCAUCACCCCGCCCCAUUCUCCCGCUAUCCAUCACCCCGCCACAUUCUCCCGCUUUCCAUCACCCCGCCCCAUUUUCCCGCUUUCCAUCACCCCGCCCCAUUCUCCCGCUUUUCAUCACCUCGCCCCAUUCUCCCGCUUUCCAUCACCCCGCCCCAUUCUCCCGCUUUCCAUCACCCCGCCCCAUUCUCCCGCUUUCCAUCACCCCGCCCCAUUCUCCCGCUUUCCAUCACCCCGCCCCAUUCUCCCGCUUUCCAUCACCCCGCCCCAUUCUCCCGCAUUCCAUCACCCCGCCCCAUUCUCCCGCUUUCCAUCACCCCGCCCCAUUCUCCUGCUUUCCAUCACCCCGCCCCAUUCUCCCGCUUUCCAUCACACCGGCCCGUUCUCCCGCUUUCCAUCACCCCACCCCGUUCUCCCUCCUUCCAUCAUCCCGCCCCGUUCUCCCUCCUUCCAUCACCCCGCCCCAUUCUCCCGCUUUCCAUCACCCCGCCCCAUUCUCCCGCAUUCCAUCACCCCGCCCCAUUCUCCCGCUUUCCAUCACCCCGCCCCAUUCUCCUGCUUUCCAUCACCCCGCCCCAUUCUCCCGCUUUCCAUCACACCGGCCCGUUCUCCCGCUUUCCAUCACCCCACCCCGUUCUCCCUCCUUCCAUCAUCCCGCCCCGUUCUCCCUCCUUCCAUCACCCCGCCCCAUUCUCCCGCUUUCCAUCACCCCGCCCCAUUCUCCCUCCUUCCAUCACCCCGCCCCAUUCUCCCGCUUUCCAUCACCCCGCCCCAUUCUCCCGCUAUCCAUCACCCCGCCACAUUCUCCCGCUUUCCAUCACCCCGCCCCAUUUUCCCGCUUUCCAUCACCCCGCCCCAUUCUCCCGCUUUCCAUCACCUCGCCCCAUUCUCCCGCUUUCCAUCACCCCGCCCCAUUCUCCCGCUUUCCAUCACCCCGCCCCAUUCUCCCGCUUUCCAUCACCCCGCCCCAUUCUCCCGCUUUCCAUCACCCCGCCCCAUUCUCCCGCUUUCCAUCACCCCGCCCUUUUCUCCCUCCUUCCAUCACCCCGCCCAAUUCUCCCGCUUUCCAUCACCCCGCCCCAUUCUCCCGCUUUCCAUCACCCCGCCCCAUUCUCCCGCUUUCCAUCACCCCGCCCCAUUCUCCCGCUUUCCAUCACCCCGCCCCAUUCUCCCUCCUUCCAUCACCCCGCCCCAUUCUCCCUCCUUCCAUCACCCCGCCCCAUUCUCCCGCCUUCCAUCACCCUACACAAUUCUCCCGCUUUCCAUCACCCCGCCUCAUUCUCCUGCUUUCCAUCACCCCGCCCCAUUCUCCUGCUUUCCAUCACCCAGCCCCAUUCUCCCGCUUUCCAUCACCCCGCCCCAUUCUCCCACUUUCCAUCACCCCGCCCCAUUCUCCCUCCUUCCAUCACCUCGCCCCAUUCUCCUACUUUCCAUCACCCCGCCCCAUUCUCCCUCCCUCCAUCACCCCGCCCCAUUCUCCCUCCUUCCAUCACCCCGCCCCAUUCUCCCGCUUUCCAUCACCCCGCCCCAUUCUCCCUCCUUCCAUCACCGCGCCCCAUUCUCCCUCCUUCCAUCACCCUGCCCCAUUCUCCCUCCUUCCAUCACCCCGCCCCAUUCUCCCGCCUUCCAUCACCCCGCCCCAUUCUCCCGCUUUCCAUCACCCCGCCCCAUUCUCCCUCCUUCCAUCACCCCGCCCCAUUCUCCCUCCUUCCAUCACCCCGCCCCAUUCUCCCGCCUUCCAUCAUCCCCCAUUACCCCGCCCCAUUCUCCCUCCUUCCAUCACCCCGCCCCAUUCUCCCUCCCAUCACCCCGCCCCAUACUCCCGCUUUCCAUCACCCCGCCCCAUUCUCACGCUUUCCAUAACCCCGCCCCAUUCUCCCGCUUUCCAUCACCCCGCCCCAUUCUCCCGCUUUCAAUCACCCCGCCCCAUUCUCCCGCUUUCAAUCACCCCGCCCCAUUCUCCCGCUUUCCAUCACCCCGCCCCAUUCUCCCGCUUUCCAUCACCCCGCCCUUUUCUCCCACUUUCCAUCACCCUGCCCCAUUCUCCCGCUUUCCAUCACCCCGCACCAUUCUCCCGCUUUCCAUCACCCCGCCCCAUUCUCCCGCUUUCCAUCACCCCGCCCCAUUCUCCCGCUUUCCAUCACCCCGCCCCAUUCUCCCUCCUUCCAUCACCCCGCCCCAUUCUCCCUCCUUCCAUCACCCCGCCCCAUUCUCCCGCUUUCCAUCACCACGCCCCAUUCUCCCGCUUUCCAUCACCCCGCCCCAUUCUCUUGCUUUCCAUCACCCUGCCCCAUUCUCCCGCUUUCCAUCACCCCGACCCAUUCUCCCGCUUUCCAUCACCCCGCCCCAUUCUCCCGCUUUCCUUCAACCCGCCCCAUUCUCCCUCCUUCCAUCACCCCGCCACAUUCUCCCGCUUUCCAUCACCCCGCCCUAUUCUCCCGCUUUCCAUCACCCUGCCCCAUUCUCCCUCCUUCCAUCAUCCCGCCCCAUUCUCCCUCCUUCCAUCACCCCGCCCCAUUCUCCCUCCUUCCAUCACCCUGCCCCAUUCUCCCGCCUUCCAUCACCCCGCCCCAUUCUCCCGCUUUCCAUCACCCCGCCCCAUUCUCCCGCUUUCCAUCACCCCGCCCCAUUCUCCCUCCUUCCAUCAUCCCGCCCCAUUCUCCCUCCUUCCAUCACCCCGCCCCAUUCUCCCUCCUUCCAUCACCCUGCCCCAUUCUCCCUCCUUCCAUCACCCCGCCCCAUUCUCCCGCAUUCCAUCACCCCGCCCCAUUCUCCCGCUUUCCUUUACCCCGCCCCAUUCUCCUGCUUUCCAUCACCCCGCCCCAUUCUCCCGCUUUCCAUCACCCCGCCCCAUUCUCCCGCUUUCCAUCACCCUGCCCCAUUCUCCUGCUUUUCAUCACCCCGCCCCAUUCUCCCUCCUUUCAUCACCCCGCCCCAUUCUCCCUCCUUCCAUCACCCCGCCCCAUUCUCCCGCUUUCCAUCACCCCGCCCCAUUCUCCCUCCUUCCAUCACUCCGCCCCAUUCUCCCUCCUUCCAUCACCCCCAUAUGCAACAAUAUUGGGGUCGUUGGAUGCUUUCCCCUACGCCUAUAGGGAUCCGUGCGCUUCCUUAG